GGUAUCACCAUCGAUAGUAUAGCAGGCUCCAGUACGUCGGUAUUUGGGGGUGUCAUGUACCACGACUACCAGGAUUCGCUCAAUCGGGACCCCGAGACAGUCCCUCGUUAUUUCAUAACUGGCAACUCAGGAACAAUGCUUUCUAACCGGAUAUCCCACUUCUACGACCUCCGUGGUCCCAGCGUGACGGUUGACACGGCCUGUUCGACAACAUUGACCGCACUGCACUUGGCGUGUCAGAGCUUACGCACUGGGGAAUCAGAUACAGCCGGCAUUGUAGGUGCGAAUCUUCUGUUCAAUGCCGAUGCUUUUGUUACGAUGUCAAACCUGGGGCUCUCCCAAACGCGUGACCAAGAUCCUAUCCGAGCCGUCAUUCAAGAGACAGCACUUAACCAAGAUGGCAAAACACCCGCCAUUACUGCGCCGAGUGAUAUGGCACAGGAACGUCUCAUCCGGGAGUGCUACAGUAAAGCCCGCCUGGAUAUGUCAUAUACCUCGUACGUGGAGGCGGAGGGAGGUUGCUGA